GAAAAAAUUUCAAACAUAUUUUAAUCUCAAUCCCCAUUGGCUUUUAGCGAUUAUCUUUUCCGAUUUCUUAGCUCAUUGUCUGUCUCCCAACUCUCUCUCUCUCUCUCACUAUCUCUCACUCGUUCUCUUUUUUGUUUUGGGCGUAGCUUUUUAGCUGCCACGCUCUCUCUAUCAAAAAUUUUGCCAAUGCCCUAGAAAUGCUUUCCAGUUUCGGUUUCGAUUUCAGUCUCUUGGCCUACCAGAUCUGAGACAUUAUCCAGCUCAAUUCUCUCUCCGUGUGUUCUUUUAUUAUUAUUAUUUCUUGUAUAGUGCUUCUCCCGGCGUUUGAAUUUUACGGUUGCAAACCUUUUUGGUUUCGCAUUUUGCCAUUGGAGUUUCUUCAUUAUAGCUGGGAUCGAAGUUGGCGCUUGGGUUUUUAGCUGAAGGAGCUGCAUUUUGUGCUAGAUCCAACUAUGAUCUUACACUUUGAAGAAGAGAAGCUGUCAUUCUGAAAGCCUCGGUUUGGGACUGCGGCUUUGUUUCUGGAGUUGGUUAGCUGGUGAAUUAAAAUGGAGGAUCCUGUAGAAGUAGAACAAGUGGAAGAUCCAGUGGAGAAACGCCUCCUAGUUCCGGAAAAACAGGCAUCGGCAAGUUCAGUAGAGGGCGAGAAAAAAGUAAUGAAAACUGUGAAACGACCUGGUGUUACAGUGUCAGUGGCAUCCAAGGCGUCGGCAUCGACUGGUUCUGUUAGAAAGAGAGUGGAACCCAAAAGCCCUUUGGUUGAUUCUAGUUCAAGUGUGAACAAAUCAUCAAUAGCUGCUGGAGCAUCACGCAAUUCGAAUUCAGUUUCUCUGGUCAGGCGGAACAGCACUGGGGGAGUGCCUGAGAAACCAUCUGCUGUCUCUGCCACUAGACGACAGAACAAUGCCACUACUAUGGCCAUCGCUGCUGGCAAAAAGACUACAGAGCCAGCAAGGCGGUCUCUCCCAGAGCUGAGGAGGAGUUCACUGCCUUCGGCGGUCGCUAAACCUUCAAACAGAUCGACUGCUUCAGAAACACGAAGGUCCACGGCUAUGUUGCCAGGGGACCGGAGUUUGAGAACAUCGACUAGCUCUGAUGUGACUAAGCAAGACACUGUCAAGAGGUCGUCAGUCAGGCCAUCAUUAUCGGUCUCUUCUUCUUCUUCAAGAAGGGUUGCUUCUUCCUCGUUAGACACUAGUGGCGGCAGCACUGGGGUUAGGAAGACGGUUUCAAAGGUUUCUUCACCAUCACUUCGAUCUCCUUCAGUUUCUAGUGGAUUGCGAGCUGGGUCUUUGUCUUCUUCUCUUGACAGAAGUUCUAGUUUAUCUGGACGUCGAAAAGUGGCAACUCCUGAAAGUCGGGAUUCAAGGUUCAUUGUCCUUCCUCAAGUGGAUAUUAAAGCUGCUGAUGACGUGAGGUUGGAUCUUAGGGGUCACAGAGUUCGCAGUCUCAAUGCAAGCGGGCUGAACUUGUCAUCAAAUUUAGAGUUUGUUUAUCUCAGAGACAAUCUCUUGUCUACGUUGGAGGGAGUGGAGAUACUGACGCGAGUUAAGGUUCUUGAUCUGAGUUUCAAUGAUUUCAAAGGGCCUGGGUUUGAACCUCUUGAGAAUUGCAAAGCCUUACAGCAACUCUAUCUUGCUGGAAAUCAAAUCACAUCACUAUCAACUCUUCCUCAACUUCCUAAUUUGGAGUUUCUCUCAGUGGCUCAGAAUAAGUUGAAGUCUCUUUCAAUGGCAAGUCAACCACGACUACAGGUAUUAGCAGCUAGCAAAAAUAAAAUUUCAACACUAAAGGGUUUCCCUCACUUACCGGUCCUCGAGCAUUUACGAGUGGAGGAGAAUCCAAUACUUAAAAUGCCACAUCUAGAAGCUGCUUCCAUUUUACUUGUUGGUCCUACAUUAAAAAAGUUUAAUGAUAGAGAUCUCUCUCGUGAGGAGCGAGCAAUUGCUAAGCGCUAUCCUGCACAAGCAUCUUUGUGCAUUAGAGAAGGUUGGGAGUUCUGCCGUCCAGAGAAUGCAGCAGAUUCAACAUUUCGCUUUUUAGUAGAGAAAUGGAAUGAUCAUUUGCCUCCAGGCUACCUUGUCAAAGAAGCCUCCGUUGAUCAACCUUCUGAAGAAGAUGCUUGUCGCUGCCACUUUAAUUUUGUGCAAGAUGGCAGUAUAAGCAUUGAAUCACAACUGGUCUUAAGAUUUCAAUGGUUUUUGGGGGAUAGAACACCUUCAAAUUUCACUCUCAUUCCUGAUGCCAAUGGAGAGGUUCACUGGCCUAAGCAUGAAGAUAUAGGUAAAAUACUGAAAGUGGAAUGUACUCCCAUGCUGGGAGAAGUUGAGUAUCCUUCUAUUUUUGCCAUAUCUUCACCAGUUUCACCGGGAAGUGGAAUUCCCAAGGUUGUGAACCUUGAUGUUCAUGGGGAGCUGGUGGAGGGAAAUAUUAUCAAGGGCCAUGCUGUGGUGGCGUGGUGUGGAGGGACACCAGGGAAGGGUGUUUCUAGUUGGUUAAGGAGAAAAUGGAAUAGCAGUCCUGUGGUGAUUGUUGGAGCAGAAGAUGAGGAGUAUCAGCUAACCAUAGAUGACAUUGAUUCGAGUUUGGUUUUUAUGUACACACCAGUAACAGAGGAAGGUGCCAAAGGCGAGCCUCAAUAUAAAUAUACCGAUUUUGUCAAAGCAGCUCCUCCAUCAGUCUGUAAUGUACGAAUUAUUGGAGAAAUUGUUGAAGGAUUUACCAUCAAAGGAGUUGGUGAUUACUUUGGAGGAAAAGAGGGCCCCAGCAAGUUUGAAUGGUUACGUGAGAGUAGGGACACUGGAGACUUUACGUUAGUAUCAAGUGGUACUCCUGAGUAUACCUUGACCAAGGAAGAUGUUGGACUAUGUUUGGCGUUUGAAUAUAUACCUAUUAAUUUUGAGGGGCAAGAAGGGGAGUCUAUGUCAAUACUGUCUCAAGUGGUAAAGCAAGCACCUCCGAAGGUAACAAAUUUAAAGAUAAUUGGUGAUUUGAGGGAGAACAGUAAGAUUACUGCAAGUGGUAUUGUUACUGGAGGAACUGAGGGAUCUAGCAGAGUACAGUGGUUCAAAACAAGUUCUUCAACUUUGGAAGGUGAAAAAGGCCUUGAAGCAUUGAGCACAUCCAAGAUUGCCAAGGCAUUCCGCAUACCCCUUGGAGCUGUUGGCUACUAUAUUGUUGUAAAAUUCACUCCGAUGACUACAGAUGGUGAAUCAGGUGAACCAGCAUUCAUUAUAUCAGAAAAAGCAGUUGAGACUCUACCCCCAAGCUUGAAUUUCUUAUUUAUUACUGGUGAUUACGCUGAAGGUGGAAUUUUGACGGCAUCAUAUGGCUACAUUGGUGGUCAUGAAGGAAAAAGUAUAUAUAAUUGGUAUCUUCAUGAGGUUGAAACUGACUCAGGAAGUGUAAUACCUGAGGUUUCAGGACUUCUUCAGUACCGCAUUACCAAAGAUGCUAUUGGUAAAUUCAUUUCCUUCCAUUGUACGCCAGUGCGUGAUGAUGGGAUUGUUGGUGAGCCAAGAACUUGCUUAGGACAGGAACGUGUUCGCCCUGGAAGUCCAAAGUUGCUCUCUCUGCAAAUAGUUGGAAAUUCUAUUGAAGGAACUGAGCUACGCGUUAACAAAAGAUAUUGGGGUGGUGAAGAGGGAGAUUCAGUUUUCCGAUGGUUCCGGACUAUUUCUGAUGGCACUCAAAGUGAAAUCAGGGGUGCAGCGGGUGCUUCAUACAUGCUUUCACUUGAUGACAUUGGGUUCUUUAUCUCAGUUUUGUGCGAACCUAUUAGAAGUGACUGGGCUCGCGGUCCUACUGUUUUAUCGGAACAGAUUGGACCUAUAGUACCUGGACCCCCUACUUGUCAUUCUUUGGAGUUUCUUGGAUCAAUGGUAGAAGGUCAACGAUUGAGUUUCAUUGCGUCUUAUAGUGGAGGGGAGCAAGGAUCUUGUUUCCAUGAAUGGUUUCGAAUAAAAAGUGAUGGUAUCAAGGAGAAACUAACUACCCACGACUUUCUGGAUUUGAGUCUUGAUGAUGUGGGAAGAUGCAUUGAACUUGUAUACACUCCCAUCCGCAAAGAUGGAAUAAGAGGGAAUCCUAGGAGCAUUUUAUCAGAUGUGAUUGCUCCUGCGGAUCCUCUAGGAGUGGAACUUGUAAUUCCUGAUUGUUGUGAGAGCGUGGAUAUGGUCCCACGAAGAACAUAUUUUGGUGGGCAGGAAGGCGUUGGAGAAUAUAUUUGGUACAGAACAAAAAGUAAGCUUGAGGGAUCUGCACUGAUGGCUAUAUCUGAUGCAUGCGAAGGUGUUGUUAUAUGUGGUAGAACACUAACAUAUACACCAUCACUUGAAGAUGUGGGGAGUUAUUUGGCUUUGUAUUGGCUGCCUACUCGUGCUGAUGGAAAAUGUGGAAAACCAUUAGUGGCAAUUUGCAAUCCUCCAGUUGUGCCAGCUCUUCCAGUAGUUUCUAAUGUUGCUGUCAAAGAGUUGUCUUCGGGUAUUUAUUCUGGAGAAGGAAAAUAUUUUGGUGGAUAUGAAGGAGCAAGCCUCUAUAGCUGGUAUAGAGAGACGAAUGAGGGAACUAUUAGUCUUAUAAAUGGAGCCAACUCUAGAACUUAUGAAGUUACAGACGAAGACUACACAUGCCGUUUAUUGUUUGGAUAUACACCAGUUCGUUCAGAUUCAGUUGUGGGAGAACUCAGAUUGUCUGAGCCAACCGACAUUAUUUUUCCAGAGCUUCCAAAAGUGGAAAUGCUCGCUCUCACUGGAAAGGCAAUAGAAGGUGAUGUGCUCACUGCUGUCGAAGUGAUCCCUGAUUCAGAAACUCAACAGUGUGUGUGGAACAAGUAUAAGAAAGAUGUUACAUACCAAUGGUUUUCAUCAGAAGGAGAUAAAAUGUCCUUUGAGCCAUUGCCUGCACAGCAUUCUUGCUCCUACAAGGUGCGGCUAGAGGACAUUGGACGAUGCCUAAGAUGUGAAUGCAUUGUGACUGAUGUGUUUGGAAGAUCAAGUGAGCCUGUGUAUGCUGAAACUGCAGUUAUAUUGCCAGGGAUUCCUAGAGUAGAUAAGCUGGAAAUUGAAGGGAGGGGUUUCCACACCAACCUGUAUGCUGUCCGUGGUGUUUAUAGUGGAGGAAAAGAAGGAAAAAGUAAAAUUCAGUGGCUCAGAUCUAUGGUUGGAAGCCCUGAUCUUAUAUCUAUACCAGGAGAGAUAGGUCGAAUGUAUGAAGCAAAUGUUGAUGAUGUGGGGUAUAGGCUGGUUGCUAUUUAUACUCCUGUGAGAGAGGAUGGAGUAGAGGGCCAACCUGUUUCUGCAUCAACAGAGCCCAUUGCAGUUGAGCCUGAUGUUUUUAAAGAAGUGAAGCAGAAGCUUGAUCUUGGAUCUGUGAAGUUUGAGGCAUUAUGUGACAAGGACCGAACUCCAAAAAAGAUUCCAGCAAUGGCUAGCCUUGAAAGAAGAAUCCUAGAAGUCAAUAGAAAAAGAGUGAAGGUUGUAAAGCCAGGUUCUAAGACUUCUUUUCCAAAUACUGAAAUUCGUGGGAGUUAUACACCUCCUUUCCAUGUGGAACUGUUCCGGAAUGACCAACAUCGGCUUAGAAUUGUUGUGGAUAGUGAGAAUGAGGUGGACUUGAUGGUGCAGUCCCGACAUCUCCGAGAUGUUAUUGUGCUUGUGAUCAGAGGCCUUGCUCAGCGAUUCAACAGUACAUCCCUCAAUUCCCUACUCAAGAUAGAUACAUAAUAUAGAAGGUGAAUUCAUACUUGAGCAGGUUCUGUUAAAAUAUCCAAUUUUUUUUUUUUUUUUUCAUAUUAUUUCGAUGCAAGAGUAAGUGGUUUUACUGCUCCGUUGUGUGUAAAGAAAACGGUUGUAUAGUAGUCAUUUGGUGUAUGGUUUUAAAAUCAUUGUAUAUUGGAUGAUCAAAUUAAUGAUAGUGAUUUUUAUGUCA